AUGGCAACUACAAGCAUGCUGCCGUUUGUGAAAUUUGAUGAUGGAUCCUUCGAACUACCACUGAAUUGUUUUCCAGUUCGAAAUCUUUUGAGAAAUACGUCCAAUCCUGAUUAUGCUUGGGUGGUUGCGUUACGUGACACACAAACCCGUCGAUUUGCGGCAAUAUUAACGACUCAGUCAAAUCUCGAUAAUAUUCAUGAUGAAACAAAGAAGAAAAAACGACCACCGAAGGAAAAACUUGUUGAACAUUUACUUGACGGAUUUUACAUUAUGCAUCAUUGUGCAAUUGAAGAUCCUGCUAAUGUUGCUAUUCUCAAUAUAUCUGGCAGAGAUCUAGAAGAAGUAAAAGAAGAAGACUUUUAUUUAUUUGAUAAUGUGAUUAAAAUCGACGCAAGUGAAAAUCAAUUACCAUUUCAUGGUUUUAAAACAUUUCCAAAUUUAAGUGAACUUACACUGGCAUUUAAUCAGAUAAAAAAUAUUAAAUUAAAUGUUGGUGAUUAUGAGACACUUGUGGAACUUGAUGUCUCUUAUAAUAAUCUGACAAUGCAUGAUUUUGAAACAUUAGGUAUUUUACCAAAGAUUCGAAUACUUCGUGCAAGUGGAAAUGAUUUUUCGGCAUUACCAAGAAGAUUAGCAAAACCAUAUGUUCAUACAGAUACGUAAGUUUGACAACAGUUAUCAUUGAAAAGGAAAACAAUCAAUUAAUUUUUUAUCUGAAAUACUUUAGCGUUUUAUAUCGAUAAAAGUUAGGUAUGAAUAGCUGCUUUUUUUAACUUUUACAAUUAUAUUAUUUGUAUUACAAGCCAAAUUACUUGAAAACGUUUUUUUUUCUAAAAGCUAUAUACCUAUUUCUGCGUUGCUAUUCCUUUUGCCAUCACUAUAAAAUUCUUCUCACUUUUCUUACAGCCGUAUUAUAAUUUUUUUUAUACUUUUAAAAUAAUCAUAAGCCAUAUGAGUAACUGGCCACAAUUUGUUUUCUAUCAAGUAUAAAAUAUAUGUCAGGCAACGUAUUACAAAGUUCGAAGAGGUUUACAUUAAUAAAAAGACGAUUCUAUAGAUGUAUCCUAUUGUUCAUUUGACAUGCAAUAUUUUUGUCAAAUAGUUCUUAAGGGUACCCCGCCCCCUCUUUUUUACCCUCUUGAAAAUCGGGGAAGCCGAUGUCGGAUCGAGCUGAAAUUUAUAUCAGAUAGAACAUCGAAAAAGAAAAUCAAUGUAUUUUUGCCCAGAAUUUUCUAAUGUGUCUUUCUAUGGGUUCAAAAAAAAACUAGUUUUUUUGUCUGAUCUUUAGCAUUUUUCGGAUAUCUCGAGAAGGAAAGCAUAUUUUUCGAAAAGAAAACACCUAACAUCAGAUAGGGUCUGAAGUAUCUGUGGUAAAAUUUUGGGCUCGAUCGGAUCAUUGUUUCGAGGGUUCGUAAUGUGAGCUGAUGAAAACUGGAGUUCUUCAGAAAAUCCAUAGAAGAACACGUCAGAAAAUUCUGGGCAAAAAUACAUUGAUUUUCGUUUUUGAUAUUCUAUCUCUGAUAUAAAUUUGAACCCGAUCCAACAUCGGCUUCCCUGGUUUUCAAGAGGAUCAAAAAAGAGGGGGGGGGGUACCCUUAAGAGGCACAUGUAACUAUAUACACCUGGGUAU